AUGCCGUCUUUCACCGUCUACACCGGAUCCAAGAGCGGCCAUGUCAAGCCGGGCACCACCACCAAGCCCGAUCUCACCGGCGAUCAAGUCUUCCUGCGCGUGACUGCGUCAGGAAUGUGCUACACAGAUGUGCACUAUAAACACACAGACAACGCUCUCGGCCACGAAGGCGUCGGCAUCAUCGAGGAGGUUGGCCCCUGUGCCAAAUGGCUUAAGAAGGGCGACCGCGUAGGCUGGGGUUAUCUGACCGACAGCUGCUGCCACUGCCUCGAGUGUCUGCAGGGCCAAGACAUCUUCUGCAAGGAGCGGGCAAUCUACGGCUCGGGCAACACUGACCAGGGCAGCUUCUCGUCUCACGCCGUCAUGCGGGAGUCGUUUUUGCAUCCCAUCCCCGAUGGCAUGAGCGAUGAGAUCGCUGCCCCCUUGCAGUGUGCGGGAGCGACGGUGUUUACGGCCUUGCAUGAUGUCGAUUCUGUCGACACUGUGGGCAUCAUGGGUGUUGGUGGACUUGGUCACAUUGCUAUCCAGUUUGCGGCCAAGCUUGGUUGCCGCGUCGUUGUUCUUUCGGGAUCCGACAGGAAGAAGGAGGAUGCGUCCAAGCUCGGCGCUCACAGGUUCGUCGCCAUGAACAGCGACAACGUCCAGGAGCAGCUCGGCGACUGGGAAAUCUCCCGUCUCCUGGUGACGACGUCCGCCCAGCCCUCGUGGGAGAAGAUCCUGCCUCUUCUCUCGACGCGCGCCCGCAUCUAUCCGCUGUCGGUGUCUGAGGACAACUUUGAGAUGCCUUACAUGCCCAUCAUCAUGAGCGGCAUCACGAUCCACGGCAGUCUUGUUGCCACGCGGGCUAUCCACCGCAAGAUGUUGGAGUUUGCUGCCUUCCACAAGAUCACGCCUGUUAUUGAGAGGUUUGACAUGACCGAGGAGGGCAUCAACAAGGCGUUUGAGAGCCUUGAGGCCGGCAAGGUGCAUUACAGGGCUGUUUUGCUGCCUACGAAGCAGUGA